AUGAUGAAACAGAAAAGCAGCGGCACCCUAAUGUCAUCUGACCAAACAGGCCUCUCCGAAGUAGAGGUUGCUGCUCAAUCAUCGAGCGGUGGUCUUUCAAGAAAAACUCUUCAAACCAUCGAGAGAAUGUCGCAAUCUUCAAAUCAAUCCCGAACGUCAUCCCGACGCAUGAGUACUACCACUUCAAACAAUCUAGAGAGUGCUGGCAAGGAGGAUUCUUCUUCAUCAUUGAAAAAACCAAGCACUCCAUCCCGUAGAUCAUCACAAACUUCAUCAUCUGCGAACGACAAACUAAAUACAUUUAUGAAAUAUUUGGAAGAUGUUGACAAACAAAGUGCAGUAUCUUACACUUCAGAAAUUUCUGUCCCUCCACAAUCGUCCCAAACAAAAAUUAUUCCCCCUUCACCUUCUCAUUCUUAUAUUUCCUCAAAUUCUUCUGCCUCCAAAGUACUAAAUAAUUCUAUGGAUUUUGACGAUUUCUCUCCUCCAAAUUCCAAUCCAACAGCUGCUGCCGCUUCAUUGUAUGAUGGUGUCAAGUCAAAAAUGAAUGCUUUAAAGAAUAAGGUAGCUGAAAAAGACAGGAGAAUAUUAUUGCUCGAAGAAAAAAUUGCCAAGCUAAAAGAAACUGUAAAUAAUGCAGAAAAGAUAUUCUCUGCUCAAGAAAAACAAAAGCUGCAAGAACAACAAAAAGAAUUUGAAAUUUCAUUUGCCAAACAAGUAAAAUUAAUAGAAAAACUAGUUAAGGAAAAAGAAGCUCUCAAUUCCAAAUGUACAGAACUUUGCAAGGAUGCAAAAGUAAUCGAUGAAAAAUACGAUAUGAAAAUCAAACUUUUGCAAGAGAAGUAUGAAGCUGACCUUAAGCGAGCGAAAGAAAAUUGGGAAGCCACGGAAAAGGUGAGAAGGACAACAUGGAUGGCAGAAAAAGAGAAGAAAAUGAAAGAAUUAAUUGUCAAGGACAUGGAACCCGAUAUUCAGAGAAUGUUGCUUUCGCACAAACAAGAAAAAGCAAAACUUGAAGACUUUUAUCAAAAUGAAAUGAGAAAACAAAAAGUGGAUCUAUUGAAACAAGCUGAUUUAAAAAUGGAAGAGUUGAAGGAAAAAUUCAAGAGGGAGUUAGACGCGUCCUUAGAAAAGACACGACAAGAAAAUUAUGCUGAAGUGGAGCAGCAAAAGUUAAGACGAAACAAAGAGCUUGAAGAAAUUGAAGCACGUUAUAGCUUGCAAGUCAAGCAGGAGCGAGAUCGAGCAGAGAAAUUGCUUAUGGAAGAGCGAAAGCUGUAUCAAGACAAUCUCGAAAAAAUCAAAGCUCGCGAACGUGAACUAGAAGACAAGCACAGAGAAGAAGUUGAGAAAAUUCACAAAGAUUAUGACAAGAGGCAACAAGAAGACAUUAAUACACUCAAGGCUAAAUGGGACAUUGAGAAGGAGCAAUGGCAAAACAAUUUUAUUCAAAAGUGUCAAACUGAUUUCAAAGAGAAACAAAAGACUCUAAGAGACAAGAUGAAUACUCAACUUGAAGAACAAGUGGUUGAAAUUACCAAUAAGCUGCAAGACGACUUUUUCGAGCAACGGCAAAAACUGCAAGCUGACUAUGAGAAGCGAAUUGCCAAACUACGAACAGAAUGCGACGCAGAAGUGAAUCGCGUAAAAGAGGAAAGUAAUGAAUGGAAAGACAAGUACAUGACAAGUGCCAAGUCUGCAAGUACUCUAGAAUCGAAACUCAAAGAAAAGGAACAGACCAUCAUGGAAUUCCAAACUCGAAUCGAGGAGCAAGAGAACACCAUUUCCACUCUUAAAAAGAAGAUGAGUAAGAAGGAAGAAGAUCUCUCCUCCACCAUGAAAGACAUUCGCGAAGAGCUCGAAAGUAAGAUCAAACAAUUGGAAAAUCAAAUCAUGGAUGGAGAAGCUGAAAGAACUUCACUCGAAGAAACCAUUCAACGCCUCGAGAAGGAACACAAAGAAGAAAUUGACUCACUCCUUGAUCAAAAGAGCAAUGAAAUGGAAGCUCUCAUGACCAACAUCAAACAAGUCAUUUCCAAAAAGGAUUCUCAAUUACAAGACCUCUCAGAGAAACUCUCUCUAUCAGAGCAGAAAUUAAGACAAACUGAGUCUCUUCUUGCCAAGCAACGUCAAGAGCUCAUCGAAGACGAUGAUGACUUUGAUUUGUAA